AUGGCGCCUCCUCCGAGCACGUACGCGGAGUCGUGGUGGGGCAAGGAGGAGCGCGGCACGCCGGUGGUGGUGAAGAUGGACAGCCCGUACUCGCUGGUGGAGAUCGACGGGCCGGGCAUGGCGUCGUCGGAGAAGGCGAGGGGCAAGAACGCGAAGCAGUUCACGUGGGUGCUCCUCCUCCGGGCGCACCGCGCCGUCGGCUGCGUGGCGUGGCUCGCCGCGGGGUUCUGGGCGCUGCUCGGCGCCGUCAACCGGCGCGUCCGGAGGAGCCGCGACGCCGACGCGGAGCCCGACGCCGAGGCCUCGGGCCGCGGGCGCGCCAUGCUCCGGUUCCUCCGCGCGUUCCUCCUCCUCUCCCUCGCCAUGCUCGCCUUCGAGACGGUGGCCCACCUCAAGGGGUGGCACUUCCCGCGGUCGGCGGCGGAGCUCCCCGAGCGGUACCUCCGGCGGCUCCCCGAGCACCUGCAGCACCUGCCGGAGCACCUCCGGCGCCACCUGCCGCUGCCGGAGCGCCUCCGCGUGCCGGAGAAGCGGGAGAUCGAGGGGUGGCUCCACGGCGCGUACGUGGCGUGGCUCGCCUUCCGCACCGACUACAUCUCCUGGGCCAUCCAGAAGCUCUCCUCCUUCUGCAUCGCCCUCUUCAUGGUCCAGUCCGUCGACCGCAUCCUCCUCUGCCUCGGCUGCUUCUGGAUCAAGCUCCGCGGCAUCAAGCCCACCAUCGUCUCCAGCUCCGACGACGUCGAGACAGCCGACGGCGCCGGCUACUUCCCCAUGGUGCUCAUCCAGAUGCCAAUGUGCAACGAGAGAGAGGUGUACGAGACGUCGAUCUCGCACGUGUGCCAGAUCGACUGGCCGCGGGAGAGGAUGCUGGUGCAGGUGCUGGACGACUCCGACGACGAGACGUGCCAGAUGCUGAUCAGGGCGGAGGUGACCAAGUGGAGCCAGCGCGGCGUGAACAUCAUCUACCGCCACCGCCUCUCGCGCACGGGGUACAAGGCCGGCAACCUCAAGUCCGCCAUGGCCUGCGACUACGUCCGCGACUACGAGUUCGUCGCCAUCUUCGACGCCGACUUCCAGCCCAACCCCGACUUCCUCAAGCUCACCGUCCCACACUUCAGGGGGAACCCGGAGCUGGGGCUGGUGCAGGCGCGGUGGAGCUUCGUGAACAAGGAGGAGAACCUGCUGACGCGGCUGCAGAACAUCAACCUGUGCUUCCACUUCGAGGUCGAGCAGCAGGUCAAUGGCGUCUACCUCAACUUCUUCGGCUUCAACGGCACCGCCGGCGUCUGGCGCAUCAAGGCCCUCGAGGACUCCGGCGGCUGGAUGGAGCGCACCACCGUCGAGGACAUGGACAUCGCCGUCCGCGCCCACCUCAACGGCUGGAAGUUCAUCUUCCUCAACGACGUCAAGGUGCUCUGCGAGCUGCCGGAGUCCUACCAGGCUUACCGCAAGCAGCAGCACAGGUGGCACUCCGGCCCCAUGCAGCUCUUCCGCCUCUGCCUCCCGGCCGUCUUCAAGUCCAAGAUCUCGAGGUGGAAGAAGGCGAACCUGCUGAUGCUCUUCUUCCUGCUGCGGAAGCUGAUCCUGCCCUUCUACUCCUUCACGCUCUUCUGCGUCAUCCUGCCGCUGACCAUGUUCGUGCCGGAGGCGGAGCUGCCCAUCUGGGUCAUCUGCUACGUGCCCAUGAUCAUGUCGGUGCUCAACAUCCUGCCGGCGCCCAAGUCCUUCCCCUUCGUCAUCCCCUACCUCCUCUUCGAGAACACCAUGUCCGUCACCAAGUUCAACGCCAUGGUGUCGGGGCUCUUCCAGCUGGGGAGCUCCUACGAGUGGGUCGUCACCAAGAAGGCCGGCAGGACCUCGUCGGAGUCCGACAUCCUCGCUCUCGCCGAGGCCGAGGCCGGGCCGCCGCCGCCGGCCAAGCUCGUCCGCGGCGUCUCCGAGGGGGGACUCAGGGAGUGGGGGAGGCUCAAGGAGCACGAGGAGUGGGCGGCCAAGCUGCAGCAGGAGAAGAAGGAGCAUGACGCCGCGGCGGCCAUGACGCCACCGCCGGCGCCGGCGACGCCCGUCAAGAAGAGCAAGGCCGCCAAGGCGCCGAACCGCAUCUUCAAGAAGGAGCUGGCGCUCUCCUUCCUCCUCCUCACCGCCGCCGCGCGCAGCCUGCUCUCGGCGCAGGGCCUGCACUUCUACUUCCUCCUCUUCCAGGGCGUCACCUUCCUCGCCGUCGGCCUCGACCUCAUCGGCGAGCAGGUCAGCUAG